AUGGCGUCGUAUGCACAUACUGUCACGGAUCCUACCGAGACAAUAGAAGCGCUGGAGAAACAGGUAGGUGUGCUUCAGACACUGGUCAAGGAUACUUUUGACGAGCCCUUGAGCGCACUGCUGCGCCAAUGCGAGACCAGCGAUGCAUCUGCACGUGCGAAAAAUUCCAACGCGCCGCUGCAUGGACGACUGGGCGCGGCAAAGAUACUUGUGAGUGUCGCAUACGUGUACUUGGACGUAAUAUGGAUGUACUUGAAAAUCUCGGGGGUCGACCCAAAGACACACCCCGCGCAUGAGGAGUUGGAACGCGUGCACACGUAUUUCGCCAAGCUGAAGACAGCAGCUUCCGCAGAGGCUUUUGAUAUACAAGGCCCCACUGCGCGUCUUGCCAAGGAGCCGGCCGAACGGAUGAUCGUAGCUGCGGGCGGCGCAGAAAAGCGGAAACAUAUGCGGUUUGAUGAGAGUGCGGAGGAUGGCCAGAGUGCACCUUCUCUCAAAAUCAAAAAGGCUGGGAAAGCUACAGAAAAAGCUUUGAAAUCUGCCAAGGCAGCCAAAAAGAGGCGCAGCGGCGCAACGCACUAG